AUGUUUCAAAAAAAGAGCCAUGAUCUUGUCCUUGGCUGCAAUGCAACCACUGAUAUGAUUCACUACAAGCUGGGAGUCACCAUCUCCUUUACUAAUUACAUCCCAGCUAUCAGUGCAUCAUAUUCUGAUUCUCAUUCUUUGAAGAGGAAGGGACGUGGUCCUACAAGAGGUAAGGGCACUGAUGACAUUGUCAGUGCAGCUGGAAAAAUAUCGUUGGAGAUUUCUAAAAAACUGGGAAGAGCUAUUGGAAAUCAGCAAGCACGUUUGGCUAGUGAAUGUGGCUACGUCGUUCGAUCCUUUGCUCCACUUUGUUACAAAAGGUGGAUCGACAUACCCUAUGAAGAGAAAAAUAAAUUGUAUGAUCGAGUUUUGGCAAAAUUUAAGCUUGAUUUGACAGUUGAGCAUGUCCAUAAAUGUGUGAACGAUACUUUAGCGAGAAGAUAUCGUGAUUAUAGAUGUAGACUCAAAGAGAAAUAUUUCAAUGGAAAAACAUUAGAUGAUGCAAUGAAGAAUUGCCCAACUGACAUAAAGCAAGUUGAUUGGGACUGGUUGUGUCAAUAUUGGUCUACCCCUGAAUUUCAGGCAUUAUCUACACGUAAUUUAGCAAGCCACAACUGCAUUAAAUAUAAUCAUUGUGGUGGAUCAAAAUCAUUUGUUGCAUGUCUUCAAGGAAAGAGAUCAAUUACUAAAGACAACGCACAAGGAGAAAUAAAACUUUAUUAUGAGACUCAUUACAGUCAGAAGAAAGGGUGGGUAAAUGAUGAAGCACGAAUAAAAUAUGAGAAGAUGCUUCAAAUUAAAGAGCAACCAAUUCCAGAGGGAUCUGAGGCCCCUACUGAACUUGAGAUUAUGCAAGAAGUUUUAGGAAAAUCUAGAGGUUACAUUAGAGGACUUGGACAUGGUCCAAAACCUGCCUCAAGCCACUCUGCUCAUUUGACAUCGGUUGAUACUGAAUCAAUAGCCCUUCGAGAGCAAAUACAAAAGCAGGAGCAAGAAUUAUUGGAUAUGCGUGCCAAGAUUUCUCACUUUGAGGCGCUAAUGCAUCAGUUCGUAUCAAAUCAAGUCGGCAUGUCUCCACAACAAGCUGAACCAGCAACAAUGUUUAGCAUGCCACCGCCUACUGAUAAUAUAUGAACUAUGAUUUAUUUAAUUUAUUUAUUUGCUUUAAUUGUUGAGACAGUUAUUUUCUUUUAUGGA